AUGUCGGCCAACCGUAGCCGCUCGAUGCUGUCGGUUAACCUCGAGGCGGCCGCCAUGGCCAACGAUCCGCUCCGGGAGCUGUUCGAGGCGUGCAAAACGGGCGAUCUGGCAAAGGUGAAAAAGCUGAUCACUCCACAGACGGUCAACGCGCGUGACACGGCCGGACGGAAGUCAACGCCACUGCACUUUGCUGCCGGUUAUGGACGCCGAGAUGUGGUCGAAUUCCUGCUGACGAAUGGAGCUUCCAUACAGGCACGGGACGACGGGGGAUUACAUCCGCUACACAACGCCUGCUCGUUUGGCCACGCGGAUGUCGUCCGUCUGUUGCUGGAAGCUGGAGCCAAUCCAAACACACGUGACAACUGGAACUACACACCACUGCACGAGGCAGCCAGCAAGGGCAAGAUCGAUGUAUGCAUCGCGUUGCUCCAACACGGCGCCGAUCCGAGUAUCCGCAAUUCGGAGAACAAAAUCCCGCUCGAUCUGGCCGAUCCGUGCACGCGUCCCGUUCUGACAGGCGAGUACCGCAAGGACGAACUGCUUGAAGCCGCCCGAUCAGGCUCCGAAGAACGCUUGCUCGAGCUACUAACACCACUGAACGUGAACUGUCACGCGAGCGAUGGUCGAAAAUCAACGCCAUUGCAUCUGGCCGCCGGGUACAAUCGAAUCCGGGUGGUUCAGAUACUCCUACAGCAUGGUGCGGACGUACACGCGAAGGAUAAAGGCGGCCUGGUGCCGCUGCACAACGCCUGUUCCUAUGGUCACUUCGAAGUGACCGAGUUGCUGAUCAAGCACGGUGGAAAUGUGAACGCAAACGAUCUUUGGGCAUUCACUCCGCUACACGAGGCCGCCUCGAAAAGCCGUGUUGAGGUCUGCAGUCUGUUGCUGAGCGAAGGAGCCGAUCCGACGCUGCUGAACUGCCAUAAUAAGUCAGCGAUCGAUUCGGCUCCGACCCGGGAACUGCAGGAAAAGAUUGCAUAUGAAUACAAAGGACAUUGCGUGAUGGAUGCGUGCCGACAGGCGGACAUUCAGCGAUUGAAGAAGAACCUGACGACGGAGACGGUGAACUUUGUGCAUCCGUACUCGGGCGAUACGCCGGUACACGCCGUCGCCCAGUCCGUUUACCCUAAACGCAAGCAGGUCCUCGAAGUGCUGAUCCGUAAGGGCGCCCUGUUGAACGAGAAGAAUAAGGACUUCCUCACUGGGCUGCAUCUUGCAGCCGACAACUCGCACUAUGAGCUGAUGGAUGUGUUGCUGCGGCACGGUGCGAAGGUUGAUGCGCUGGAUGGGCUUGGUCAGACGGCACUGCACCGGUGUGCUCGCGAAGACAACAUCCAAGCGUGUCGAUUGUUGCUGUCUUAUGGCAUCGAUACCGGCAUCGUUUCGCUGCAGGGCUACACUGCGGCCCAACUGGCGACAGAGAACGUGUUGAAGAUCCUGCAGGAUCCACCCUCGGACACGGUCGAUCUCGAGUGUCAGCUGCUGGAAGCGGCCAAGGCGGGUGAUCUCGAUACCGUACGGCGUAUCGUGCUCUCGUCACCAAUGACAGUGAAUUGUCGUGAUCUCGAUGGACGUCAUUCGACGCCGCUGCAUUUUGCGGCUGGAUACAACCGUGUGCCGGUGGUUGAGUUUCUCCUAGAGCACGGUGCUGAAGUGCACGCCUCGGAUAAGGGUGGAUUGGUGCCGCUGCAUAACGCCUGCUCGUACGGACACUACGAGGUGACGGAGCUGUUGGUGAAACACGGCGCGAACGUUAAUGUGGCUGAUCUGUGGAAGUUCACGCCGUUGCACGAAGCGGCCGCUAAAGGCAAAUACGAGAUUGUCAAGCUCUUGAUCAAGCAUGGAGCUGAUGUGACGAAGAAGAAUCGCGACGGUGCGACACCGCUCGAUCUCGUCCGUGAAGGUGAUCAGGACGUGGCCGAUCUGCUGCGGGGUAACGCAGCCCUCCUCGAUGCCGCCAAGAAGGGCAAUUUGGCACGAGUGCAGCGACUCGUCUCGUCGGACAAUAUCAACUGUCGGGAUGCGCAGGGACGCAACUCUACUCCGCUGCAUUUGGCCGCUGGCUACAACAACCUAGAGGUAGCGGAGUACCUCCUCGAGCACGGUGCGGACGUAAAUGCGCAGGAUAAGGGAGGUUUGAUUCCGCUGCACAAUGCAUCCUCGUACGGGCACCUGGACAUUGCGGCUCUGCUCAUCAAGCACAACACGGUAGUUAACGCCACGGACAAGUGGGGCUACACACCACUGCACGAAGCCGCCCAAAAGGGCCGCACUCAACUGUGUUCACUACUCCUCGCACACGGAGCCGAUCCGUUCAUGAAGAACCAGGAAGGACAAACCAGUCUCGAUCUCGCCACGGCCGAAGAUGUCAAGUGUUUGCUGCAGGAUGCGAUGGUGGCCUCUCAGGGCACGGCGGCUGGUGCUGCUGGUGGGUCAUCGACAGCCGGAACCGGUUCCUCGCAGGGUGGCAUUCUAGCGGGCAAUGGUGCCCUCGGCAUGGGCACAAGUUGUUCGCCGACCACUGAAAUCGUAACACUGCCGACGGGUGCCUCUAUGACAUUGUCCGUCCCCGUGCCUCAGUUGCCGGUCCGAAGUUGCUUAAGCCCAGCGCAGGGUGCCGAAGCGAACGUGGACGGUAUCGUGGUGGACCACGACGAUAAGAUGCCGUCCGUGCCGUCGAUUGAAUCGUCCGUGUCGGUUUUCCUCGCAAGCUUGCAACUCGAGCAUCUGAUCGAUCUGUUCGAGCGUGAGCAGAUCACGAUGGACAUUCUGGCUGAGAUGGGUCACGAGGAUCUGAAGCAGGUUGGCGUGUCGGCAUACGGAUUCCGUCACAAAAUACUCAAGGGUAUUGCGACUCUGCGCGCCACGACGGGACUAGGACUAACACCGAACCCGGGCACAUUACUGGUGGAUCUUCUUCCCGACGACAAGGAGUUCCUUGCGGUCGAGGAGGAAAUGCAGGCCACCAUUCGGGAGCACCGUGAUAAUGGCCACUCCGGUGGUUAUUUCAAUCGCUACAACAUUGUCCGGAUACAAAAGGUGCAGAACCGGAAGCUGUGGGAGCGGUACGUUCACCGGCGGCAGGAAAUCUCCGAAGAAAACGGGCACCAAGCGAGUGAGCGGAUGCUGUUUCACGGAUCACCAUUCAUUAACGCCAUCGUGCAGAAGGGUUUCGACGAACGGCACGCGUACAUCGGUGGGAUGUUUGGAGCUGGCAUUUACUUCGCGGAGCACAGCUCCAAAUCGAACCAGUACGUGUACGGCAUCGGAGGUGGCAUCGGCUGCCCCACGCACAAAGACAAAUCCUGCUACCAGUGCCAUCGGCAGUUGCUGUUGUGUCGUGUAGCGCUCGGUAAAUCCUUCCUGCAGUUCAGUGCGAUGAAAAUGGCACACGCUCCACCCGGACACCAUUCGGUGAUCGGGCGUCCCUCGGCAGGUGGUUUGCAUUUCCCGGAGUAUGUCGUUUAUCGAGGAGAACAGGCAUACCCGGAGUAUUUAAUAACGUACCAGAUUGCAAAGCCGGACGAUGGUGCAAACGGUGAAGAGCCGGCAAGAUGA